CUUUGAAGUUUGACAGUGCUGUGGGAAGCAUCUGCGCCACACCGGAAGCCCCGGGGGUGGGGCUCUCAGCAGGGAGGAUGCUGUGCCAGCCAGAUGGUCUGCAUCUCUGUGCAAAGGAGCAGAGACACGUGCUGAAGAAGAGAAGUCCGACGCUCUGCAUCGAUGGAGGACGAAACUAAGAGGGGUCAAAGGCAAAGGGCUUGCAAGAGUUACUUUGUGGGCGCUGUCUCCAACAGUCUCUCCACCCUGGUAUCCUUCCCCAUUUACAAGACUAUCUUCCGCCAGCAACUGCACACCUUCUCCAGCAUUGAAGCGGUGCGCCAGCUGUACCACGAAGGCUUCCCCCAAAUCUAUCGCGGCGUCUUUCCACCACUCAUGGUCAAAACGCUGCAAGGAACAUUGAUGUAUGGCACCUACGAAAACUUCUACAGCUUCCUCUCGACUCAGCCCUCGGGAUCCUGGUCCCAGAGAGCCAUAGCCGGGCUGUUUUCUGGCUUCUUGGAAGCCUUGGUUUUCUGUCCCUUCGAGAGGGUGCAGAAUGUGCUCCAGGAUGGGAGGAAGGUCCAGAGAUUCCCCACCACACGUCACAUCCUGACCACCUUCUAUUCCUACCCUCUCGGGGAGAGCUUCAGCCUCGGCUUCUACCGAGGCCUCAGGCUCAUCCUGAUACGCAAUGGCCUGGGGUCCUCCCUCUUUUUUGCUUUGGAAGAGCCCCUGCGUAGCAGCCUCUCCACUCAGAGCUUUCUUGUUGCAAUCCCAGCCUUUCUGUCGGGUACUAUUAUUGCCACUUUGGUGUCCCUGCUGCUCUACCCUCUUGGCAUCCUCAUUGUCAAUGUGCAGUCCCAAGUGGGAAGGCAGGAAACCCUCAGCCUCUUGGCCACGAUGACUGAGGUCUGGGAGGCCCGGGGAAGGCAAGCCCGGCUGCUGUACAAGGGCGGAUCUCUCAUCAUUCUCCGCUCAAGCCUCACCUGGGGAAUCCCAAAUGCCAUCUAUCGGUACUUGUCCAUGGACAGAAGCUAAGGACUGGUUGUGAAGCGGGGGGGAGGGGGCAGGAGGGCCUUCAGUGUCCUUGGAGCAACCUGCAAACAUGGUGUAAAUGGAGAAAGUGACAACCAGAAGGAAAGGAGACUUGCCCCACAUGUGGGAAUUGAACAGUAUCAGGCGGAGGAGAGAGAAGCGCAGAGCAAACUCAGAAUUGGGGAAUUUGGUUCUUUGCAGAAAUCUGAAGGUUGCAAGCACAUCUGGACUAACUUGAUUUCAUCGGAGCUCCAGAAAGCUCUGCUUUGCUCUCAACUGGAUCACAGCGGGCCAUCUUAAAACAUGUUUUACUUUCCUGCAAGG